AUGGCAUCGGUCACAUUGAAGGUUGAAUCACGGGGAAAGCCCAUCAAGGCGCUGCCCAAGGAAAUUCAGGUCAGCCCUGAUGCUUAUGCCCAGGAAAUUUACAGCCGGCUCGCGACUGCAUCCAACUUCGAUAUCCAUCGUUUGAGAAUCACCAAAUCAAGCGACCGCGGUGUGGUGCCCAAUGCGAAGGAUAGUACAGUCAACGAUGCAGGACUCCAGGACCAGAGCGUGAUCCAAGUUAAAGACCUAGGCCCUCAGAUCGGAUGGCGGACCGUGUUCAUCAUUGAAUAUUUCGGCCCUCUCCUGAUCCCCGCCCUCUUCCUCUUCCCUCUGCGGCCGUACAUCUACUAUAACUUCGAUCAGCCUCUCCCUAACCCCUCCGACUCCCAACUUCUGGUCUGCGCACUUCUGAGCGCCCACUUCUUGAAACGCGAGUUCGAAACGAUCUUCAUCCACCGCUUCAGCAAUGCCACCAUGCCGGCCCGCAACAUCUUCAAGAACAGUGCUCACUACUGGCUCCUGGCAGGCUUCAACAUCGCCUACUGGGCCUUCCGUCCGGAUGCGACUGCGGCAACUGACACCCCAAACGAGAAUCUCCUGUAUGCAGGCCUGGGUCUCUUCGUCUUUUCGGAGUUGGCCAACUUGAACGCCCACCUGGUCCUGCGCAACCUUCGCCGCGCGGGUACCACCGAGCGGGGUAUCCCAUCUGGCUUUGGAUUUGGUCUGGUCACUUGCCCUAACUACUUGUUUGAGAUCCUCGCGUGGGCUGGCGUCUACCUGGUCAGUGGCUUGAGCUGGAGUGUCCUGUUCUUCAUUGCUGUGGGCGGCGGACAAAUGGCUGUCUGGGCUGCCAAGAAGGAGCGCCGUUACCGCAAAGAAUUCGGUGACAAAUACAAGCGCAAGAGCUUUGUCAUGAUCCCUGGGAUUUUCUAA